AUGGUGUUGACGGCCACCGGACCCAGCUCGCAGGCGACCAAAUCCGGCACCGACCAACACAGCUUCCACGGCCACCAACCCGACGACGGCCAAAUCAGCCAAUUUGCAGGCGGCGCUUUCCAGAUAUCUCUAUUCCUACGUCAACAGCCUCCGAUUCGACGGCCAAUUCGUGUCCUCCUCCACGAGCCAGAGCCCACGGCCACCGGAGAUAUUCACCUUCUCGCUGAGGACGAUUUGGAAGGGCUGGCGGCAGCAAUCCCAGCACCGCCACCACUGUCAACUGCCCUUGUCUCAAACCCACUCAGCCCGCCCGUCGAGCGCCACGUUCCGGUGAGUUGCAGAGGAAUAGUAGAGGGAUGGCGACCUGAACGGGAUGAGCUCGCCGGCGAUUUGAAUGGGAGAAAGGAAGCGGCGGCCGGAAAUGCUAUUAGGGCUGAGGAAUUGCAUCAGGCCGCGAGGCCCGCCGCAGGCAGCCUCGGAAUAGGCGGAGGUGGCGGAUGUGGAGGCGGAGAAAUCUGUAAAUCGUCGGUCUUCUUCCAACGAUCAUCGGGCUCUGUGGACGGAAUAAAGACGUCUGAGGCAGAGGUGAGGAGUUCGCCGGGAAAAAGUUCACGAGAUGCUGGUUCGCGGUGGCGAUGGAGGAGGAGGGUGGCGGCGAUCUGUUCUGAACAGAAAUUCGCAAAGAGGCGUUGGGGAUGGUCGGAGAUGGUAGCUGGCGUCGAUCGUAAAGGGGUGAGGGGUGAUCGGAUUUAUCUGACGAAAAAGAGAAACGAGAAGAUUUUCUCUUCUCUGCCGACGAGAGAUCGAAGGACGAUGAUGAGGGAUUUCAGAUUUGCUAGAGAACAAGAAAAAGGUUGCGGCUGA